AUGAGGCGGUUUGGGAGGUCGCGCGUUUCGAGGGUAGCUAAUGGCACGACCCCGAUAGAGAUUGUGGCGGGAGGACAAGUCUUCUCUGCCGAAGUGCUGGUCGGUGGGCAAGAAUACUCUGUCGUGAUCGACACCGGCAGUAGCGAUCCUUGGCUAGCAACGACAGAUUUCAUCUGCCAUGAUGUUUUCACCCACGCAGAGCAAGAUCAAGCCGCCUGCGAAUUCGGCAUGCUGUACGAUCCAUUGCAGUCUUCGACCUACGAGCAGAUUCCCGACCUGAACUUCAAUAUAAGCUAUGCGGAUGGCGAGUACCUGACUGGUGAGCUCGCCUAUGAGACCUUCACCAUGGCCGGGAUUGAGGUGGAGAAGCAGCAAUUUGGAGCUGUGGAUAGAGCGGCUUGGUUUGGCGAUCAGUCGACUGCAGGUUUGAUCGGGUUUGCAUAUCGAUCACUCGUCUCGGCGUAUGCUGGUACAGAUCCGACCACGAAUUCGGCCAGGACUCGACGCCUUUACAACCCACUUUUCGUCAACAUGUAUGAGAACGAAGAUGUUGCGCCUGUCUUCAGUUUGGCGAUCGAUCGCGAUGUUAGUAAAGGAGGCGUCCUGGCAUUGGGUGGCAUUCCCGAUAUUCCGCACUCGCCUUACUGGGUGAGUGCUGAGAUCGAGCCAGUUGGUGUGAACCAGACCGAUGGGCAAGAGGUGUACGAGUUCUAUACCAUCGACGUUGGCGGCUAUGCGUACUCGAAUGCCAGCGGAGCACAGUUCAAUGUCUACAAUAACGCCAACCCCACGAAGAUCCCGAUAGCUGGGAACAAUACUCGGGCGAUUGUCGACUCUGGGACGAGUUUGUGUUAUGUCCCAGACAAGGUUGCUGAGGAUCUUGCCUUCUCCUUCGACCCGCCAGGCUGGUGGAGCGAUGAUAACGAUGCGUACAUGGUCGAUUGUGACGCCGCUGUGCCGGUGUUUGGUGUGGCGAUUUCAGACAAGAUCUUUUACGUUAAUAAACUGGAUCUGGUCAUCGAGAUCCAGCAAGAUGUGUGCGCGAUCGGUGUGCAGCCGGCUCAAGGCGGGCUGAAUAUCCUAGGAGGUACCUGGAUGAAGAAUGUCAUUGCUGUCUUUGACAUCGGGGCGGAAGAGAUGCGCUUCGCCGCCAGGCAGUUCUAUUCGAUAUCGUAA